GCCCAACUAGCAGCACUCGAAUAUCCGAUCCGGUUUGGUCCGUCCCAAUGUCAUUGGGUGCCCCUCCCUCCCGCUAGAGAGAGAGAGAGAGAUCGAGGUCGUCGAUUCGCAUUUUCGCCAUCGGAACUGAAACCCGACGCGGACACAAACACAAAGAGAGAGCGAGCUGUGAAAUUGCGCAGAUCUUGGUUUUGACUAUUGCCUGCAAAUCUUGGAAGAGCAGAUAUGCUGCCCACCGUCUCAAAAGGGCGUUCGUCCUCUAACUCUCGAGCCAACCCCGUGUUCCCUCACUAUCUCCGUAGAAUAGUCAAGUGGCAACAAAUGGAUAUCGAAUAUACUUUCUGGCAAAUGCUUCAUCUAUGUACCUCACCAAAAGUUGUCUAUCAGCACACUAAGUACCAUAAGCAAACAAAGAACCAAUGGGCACGCGAUGAUCCUGCUUUUGUUGUAAUCUGCAGUCUUCUUUUGGCAGUUGCAACUAUGGCUUAUUGUGCUGCGUAUGAUCAUAGUGCAGCACAUGCUGUUUUUGUAGUUAUUUCAGUAUUGCUGUUCCAUUUUAUAAUAACUGGUGCAAUUCUGGCUACAUGUUGUUGGCUCCUGACAAAUGCUUACCUUCGAGAAGAGGCUCCAAACAGUCAUGUGGUUGAGCAGCGGGUUGAAUGGCUGUAUGCAUUUGAUGUUCACUGCAACUCUUUCUUCCCAAUGUUUGUUAUGCUUUAUGGUAAUUGCUAUGCUAAUAUGUGCUCUGCUCUUGUGUUUUUACUGCAAUUCUCAUGCUUAAAUGUCACUGAUGUCUUUAAUGAUGUUGCAGUUAUACAUUACUUUCUAUCACCUCUCUUGGUAGCACAUGGUUUCAUUCCUGUUUUGCUAUCAAAUCUGCUUUUCAUGGUGGCGGCCUCCUAUUAUCAUUAUCUCAAUUUUUUAGGUUAUGAUGGUAAGUUAAAUUAUAUGCUCAGUAUUUUUUAUUUUCUUUUAAGAGUUGGCGGGGAAUAGUUGCGUCUAGUCGAUUGGACAGAGCAUUCCUGCACAUUCUUUGUAUCAUGAUGUGUGUUUUGCAGAGAUCUUAGUCAUAUAAGGAUUGUGUAGGCUUCAACCUUGCAAGUUGCCUUUUGUGUGGCUGAACCAUGUGGCACAAUGGCCAAAGCAGACAAUACUUGAACAGAGUUGGGCUGAGACUGUUACGGUUGGGUAUUAUAGCCACCUUGAGGGUAUUGUGUUGUGGAUGGAUCCCAUAUAAAAGUGUGGGUCACUCUAAAGAGAGUAUGGGAGAUACACAUGAGAGAAUAUGUCAUGAUUCCACAUUGGGUGUCUACUAGGGAGAUCUUGGUCAUAUGAGGAUGGAAUAGUCUUCAACUUUAUGAGGUGCCUUUUAUGGUUUAGACUUGAGGCCAAAUCGGCCAAAGCAGAGAAUACCUUAUUGGUGUUGGUUCAAGACUAUUAUGCUUUGCAUUGCAAACAUUUUAUGUUAACUUUGGUUCCUUGAGUGUAUGGGGUGGGCAUGACGUGAAUUGAAUAAUUGAAUAAAGAAACACACAUAUUUUUUUCCCCUGAAAGGUAACAAAAUCUGGUGACAAUUUGAUUCUAUUCCAUUCUCACAUACCUUUAUAGUUAGUCUUGUGAUGGGUUAUUAUCAGCAUUAUCUAUUUAUAUGAACCUACAUUUUUUCUUUUUGUUUAGUGCUAUUACUAUAUUUUGGGAGUAUGGUAAACUAGGUUCUUGUAAUUUUGUGGUUAUGAGCCUCAAAUGAGAGUAAUUUUCUUGUGAGUGAAAAUUACCUCAUGAGUUUAUCAAUCUUGUCAGUUAUCCUUGAAAAUUACCUCAUAAGUUUAUCAAUCUUGUUAGUUAGCCUUGAAAAUUACCUCAUAAGUUUAUCAAUCUUGUCAGUUAACGUGGCACUCAUAACUUUUCACAUUUGGUUUGUGUAAUGGAAUGGACCAAGAAUUGAUUAGUCAUAGUAGAGGGAUACAAGGGCUUACAAAAGAAAAUGUUAACCCACAACAUGGAAUAGAUAAUGGAUGACUUUCCAAAUUUUGCAAAUUUGGAGUUUCUAUUUAUAUUGUAUUUCAUGCUGGAUGGGCAAAUAAUACAAACUUUUACAUAGAAGCAUUUUUGUAAAUCAUUACAUCCUAUGCAAUUUUUAGUCUAUUCUUUGUCUAUUCCAUUAUGAUCCAGACGAAACUUGAAUGUAUUUGUUAGGGGAUUUCUUUUGAGAAGAGAAAAUUGUCUCAUUACAUAUCCUUUCUUGUGAAUCCUAUGUUCAGAGUGAAAUAAACCGAUAACUGGAACAUUUGAGUGGGAUUUUAUUCAUUUCUGAAAACUUGUUUGCUGGGAUAGAGUUCUAUAUCAGGAGCAACUGGUGACCACCGUUUUAUAAACAUCUCUACCUUAAUUUCAUGUAUUUAAUAAUCUCAUAAUAAAUUUACUGCUGCAGUAUUGCCUUUCUUGGAGAGGACAACUUUUUUCCUGUAUCCAAUUGGUGUUGUCAUCAUCCUUUCUCCCAUCUGUAAGUAUUACCUCUCAGACUGGUGUUCCCUAUUAUGUUUUAUCGUCUCUGAAAUUCAAAUUUCUCUUCCCCUUCUUUUCAGUCAUUCUGAGUGGCUUUAACCCUUCGAGAUACGUCAUGAACAUGUACUUCAGUCAGCGGUUAUGAUUUAACGAGGCAAACACUCUGGAUAGAUUUAUAUAAUGAGGUGGGGAAUUUAAAUUCACGCACCCGCAUGAACACAGGAAGGUUUUCAUGGAUGCUUUUUCUGGUUCUGGUUUUCGUAGAAAGGAAAGGAUCGCCCCAGAACGAGCAUCUGUAGCUUCCUAAAUAGGCAUUUUUCUGCUGUGACACAGUGAAGUUGGUGGUGGAAGGUGGUUCCUAUGGCUGGGGAUCUGUUGAGUGUAAUGAUUUUUGGCAUUAGUCAAAUUCCCUUUGUUUUUGUUCCUGGAAAUUAAAAGCUGUUGCUCCAUAGAAAAAGUGCUUUAUCUGCUGAUAUGCUAAUAUCAAACUUCAUUAAUUUCA